AUGUGCCGUCAUGAAAUCGAUGAGCCGUCGGUCAUUAGGGAGUAUGCGGACUGCAAAGACUGUGGAGAGGUGAAAACCAAAGCCCGCUUGGGCAUAAGCACGAUACGCACGCCAUGCGAUGAUUGCAAAGAGUCGGGCGCGUGGGAGUUCCGCGAUGGGUGGUGGCAGGAGGUCGAAUCGGCGACGUAG